ACGUCACGGUCUCGUGACUUAUGCCGGAAGAAGGGGAUUCAUAACAACACGAACGAGAGUAAAACACCAAGGAGCGGCUUAAAUUCUUCCCCGUUUCCACCUUUUUCUCUCUUCUUAUCGACGCAGAGAUGGACAGCUCCGUCCGAGCAUCGUCAGACUCGUCUGCUGGACCUCCACCGUAUUUUAGAGGAAAUGAAGGCUCCUUGGUCUCUGCCCUGAAGACUCUGCUGUUCUUCACGAUCCUCAUGGUGACGCUGCCCAUUGGAUUGUAUUUCGCAACCAAGGCUUACAUCUUUGAGGGUUCGAUGAAGAUGACGAGCUCCGACAGCUACUUCUACGCGGCCAUCGUAGCCGUGCUCGCCGUGCAUGUGGUCUUGGCUCUGUUUGUUUACGUCGCCUGGAACGAAGGGACGCCUAAAAGCAAGGGCAAACAUGAUUAAGGCAUACCCUUAUCAGCUUCUGAGGCCGCUGGAGAUGGUCAGACUGCAGGCAGGGAUCCACAGUCCUGUCUCCCGCAGGCAUCAACACUCAUUGCUGCACCGUCUACCAACCAGACAAGUCGUCAGGGGGGAUCUGGCUUGGCUCAGGCUUUGACCCCAGGUUUAUAAGCAGGAAGUAGUGUAUUUUCCUUGACGCAGGGGUGCAGAGACCGGAGGGUGCAAUUUUGUUGCCAGGCCCCAGCAGGCAUAAUUUUGUUCCCCUUCACACAAAAUGAUUCCUUUUGUUGACUGAGAACAGUUUUUGAAACAAUUUGUCCUCAGAUGCUUUUUGACUUUGGGCUCUGAGUCCCUUCACACGAAGAGUUUAUGUCAAAAUUCAUCUGCACGGCAUGUUGGUUUUUUAAUUUUAUUUUUUAAUUUGAGUUUGAUCGAUCUUUAAUCAAGAAAACAACUGAUUACUCUGUCCUGAAUUUUCAGUCCUUGUCCGAAUACCUCAAGGUUUUCCUUAUGUAUUUUGGAACAAAGUUAUCCUGGUGUCUCAUUGGUACUUUGUUAAAAUGACCUCAUCUAUCCGUUUUCUUCCAUCGCUGAUUUGAAAAUGUUUGUCCACUGUAGUGAGGUGAUGUUGUAAAACAUGCAUUAGAAAUCAUUGCUUUUUACUUAAAUGAGUCCUGGAGAUGUUACAAUACUAGUAGGGUUUGUUGAAUUGCUCAAAUAAAAUGUGAAACUUUUAUUGUUUGCAUGUUGACUUAUUCUAUGUCAUUAAAUUUCAGUAACAUUUGA